UUCAAGGAAAGAUAGUUUAUUACGUCUCCAAUCGAAGUCAAAAUUAUUAAUUUAGUUUAAAAUUUCGAAAAAAUCUUAAAACAAGUUUGAAUUAAAAAAAAUGUUUUACGAUAAACAAAACGACGUUUCGCCAUCUGGCGGCUUAAAUAGGCACGAUAUUUAUUAUUCAAAGUAUGGCGGUAGCAAGAAAGGAAGUAAUAAGGACGUGAUGGCUGAGGCAUGUAGGAGAAAGUUAUUAGAAUUGCUUAAAAUUGAUGGAAAUGACGUCUGUUCCGAUUGUAAACGCAAAGAUCCAGAAUGGGCUUCGUACAACAUUGGAAUUUUCCUUUGUACCCAGUGUGCUGGCAUUCACAGAAAUCUUGGUUCCCACGUAAGUAAAGUAAAGUCUCUCCGACUUGACAAUUGGGAUUUAGAUCAAGUUAAAUUUAUGGAGGAAAUGGGAAAUAAGAAAGCUGCUCAGAAGUAUGAAAUAUAUGUCCCUAUUUGUUAUCGCAGACCUAGUCCUGAUGAUGUUCAGUAAGUGAUGAUUUUUUUUAUGAUACGUAUAAAAUUUAUUAUAGAAUAGACUAUUCAUACUCUUGUGUUAAUUCAUGCAUUCAAAGGAUUAUUUACUUUUAUUUUAUUUACAUAUGUGAGGGUUUUUUUAU